GUGCUUCCGAGCACCGGAAGCGGGGCGCGCUUCGCUGUGUGGCUGCCGGCGGCGCCAUGGAGGCGGAGGGCGAGCGGCGGCGGGAGCGGAGGCGCCGGGACGUGGCGGUGAAGGCCGAGAAGCGGAGCCCCCGGCGCUCCGCCUCCCGCUCGGCGCGGGGCAGCCAAUCUCCGCCGGCCGAGGAGCGGCGGGGCCCGGCCGGGCCGCGCCAGGGCAGGAGCAGCAGGUCGCCCAAGAGGAAGAGCAAGUCCGGGCGGAGGAGCCGGUCCCCGCGCGGCAGGAGGAGCCGCAGCCCGCACCACGCUGCCGUGAAGGUGAAGCAGGAGCGAGAUGAUCACUGCCGGCGAGGAAACGAGGAACGAAAGCAGAGAUACCCAUCGGAACCAGAGCACAGGAGAGACAGGAGCGGUGACAGAGACAGACACAGAGACCACGCAGACAGAAGGAAGAACCUGAAUGAGCGGCCUGGAGUCCGUGGCCACGAGCGAGAGAGGGAUGUCCACAACAUCCGUGAGCAGCAAGCAGAGAGGGAGUUUUACAACGAGAGGAGACGAGAGCAUCGACAAAACAACCAAAGCAGUGGCGUUGAGCAGAAACCAGAACUGGGGCAGUCUGAUAACAAACCUAAAGAAAAACCUGCUGUGAAGAAAGAGAAGCCAAGCUUUGAACUGUCGGGGGCACUGCUGGAGGACACCAACACUUUCCGAGGCGUGGUGAUCAAGUACAGCGAGCCCCCUGAAGCUCGCAUUCCGAAGAAGCGCUGGCGCCUUUAUCCCUUCAAAAACGAUGAGUUUCUGCCAGUCAUGUACAUUCACAGGCAGAGUGCUUAUCUGCUGGGCAGGCACCGCAGGAUCGCAGAUAUUCCCAUCGACCACCCCUCCUGCUCGAAGCAGCACGCUGUGUUUCAGUACCGGCUCGUGGAGUACACCCGUGCCGAUGGUACCGUUGGCCGCAGAGUGAGGCCCUACAUCAUCGACCUGGGCUCUGGGAAUGGCACUUUCCUGAACAACCAGCGGAUUGAGCCGCAGCGCUACUAUGAACUGAAGGAGAAGGAUGUGCUCAAGUUCGGGUUCAGCAGCAGGGAAUACGUUCUUCUCCAUGAAUCCUCGGAUAAAUCCGAGGCCAACACAAAGGACGAUGAUGAUGACGAUGAGAAGGAGGAAGAGUCUGACAGUUAACAGAUGAGGAGGGAAAGGGAAGGGGCAGGAGAGAGAAAUUGCAGUUGAACAUGCGUUGGAGCAUCACAGCACUGAUGCCUCUUAUUGCCUUAAAGUCCUUUUUCCGUUGCUGUUCUGUUCUCAUAGUUUAUUCUGGGGGACUUCCCUGAUUAUUCAUUUCUGAUAGUUCUGCAUAUUGGGAAAUACAGCUUCUCUUUGUUCUUUUUUCUUUGCUUUCCCUCCUCAACAAGCAGAAGAGCACCUGGAUGUGAAAGCUCUGAUGCUGGGAGGACUCCACAGAUGUUGAAGGACAUUUCUGCCAGGAAAUGACUUGGAACACAGCUGGUGUAUUUAAAAUUA